UGGACAAGUUACUAGUUGGAAUAGACGCCCCCCCCCCGGAACAGUCUUCAACUAUGACGACCGCUGACGGCUUCAAAACGUUACUUUACACGAUUAAUACGCUGUUGCAGAAAGAAAAGUACAAGGCAGCCUUCGCGGUUGUUAAAGGGUUCCGGAAUGGCGCAGUGUAUGGAGCCAAAAUCCGCGCCCCACACGCGCUGGUCAUGACUCUCCUCUUUAAAAGUGGAAGCCUUAAGGAGAAACUGCGAGCCAUUGCCCAGGCGACGUACACCCACUCGCGCAACCUGGCCUGCUUUGUUGCGACAUACAAGGGACUUCAAAGUUUGCAGGCCAGAUUGCAGGGCAAAACCCUGCCGUCACAGGCCUUCCUUGCAGCCUGCGUUGGUGGCUGGCUGGUUUUCGGAGACAACAAUCAUAUCAACAGUCAGAUUAAUAUGUACUUGCUGUCUCGGAUUCUUUUUGCCCUGUCCCGACUAGCUGUGGAGAAAGGCUACAUCCCCCAGCCGAAAAAAGACCCCUUUCCAUUGUUCGCCACCCUGGUGUGGGGCAUUGUUCUCUGGCUGUUUGAGUAUUACCCACACACACUACAGCCAUCACUCCAAUCUUCAAUGAACUACCUGUAUCAUGAUAGCAACAUGUGGCAUGACAUCUCAGACUUCCUUAUUUACAAUAAACCACCGUCACCUGCUAAAAAAUGAGGAAAUAUGUUUUCAGCUGUUGUUUCUUACAGUCCUGUGUUAUAAGUAUGAACUGUCAAUUAUCUGUUUUCAUUCAUAUCACCUUACACACUCUGGGGGACACUUCACACACUACAUGUAAAAAAGGAGGACUAGGAGGUUGUUUUAUACUGUAUUCAGUCUUCCUUUUGUCUCCUUUUAUUUAUUAACCCCCUAUGUUAACCUUUGUUAAAGUAAUUGCAGUGAUUAAAUUUGGAGAAAAUUAUAAAAUUGUUCAAUCA